CGCCGUUCAGAAUGUCCCGUGCACGCGCGCCUCGUCUGCCGGAGUCGGAAAAAUGGUGGCCAGCGCUCGAGUGCAGAAGCUCCUCCGCAGAUACAAACUAGCGAUUGCCGCCGCGUUAACUAUCCUCCUGGUCCAGGGGCUGGUGGUAUGGAGUCUGAGAAGUCUGGAGGAAGGCGAGGCCGAGAGAAAAGUACGACGGUCUAAGCUGCCUGACCACAACAGCCAGGACCCCAAGAGAGACACCGCACUCUGGGAGAAACAGAAGUCUUUGUCAGGGAGGAACAGAGGCAGAUGGAGUGGCAGGUUGGAGAGGACGGGGGGCACAGCAGCCAGCGCGCUGAGGAGAGGAACCAGCCGCAAAGGAGAAAAGCCCAGCAUCAGGCUGAAGGAACGGGGACUGACUCGAACUGGAUUGGACGGCGUGGUCCUCCACGACCUGUCCAGCAGCCGUAACUUCAGCGAGAGCCGGGGUGGCAAUGACGGGGCAGCCAAGUUGCCUGCCGCCGCCAUACUGGGGGAGCCGGGCAGCGUGGACGGGGCUCACCAAGCUCCCAACAAUGACUUUGUGCCUAAAUGUGAUAUCAUAGGCAAGGACGCUCUGUCUGCCCUUCAUCGCGCUGGCUCUCAGCAGUGCCGACAGGAGAUCGCUAACAUCGUGUGUCAGCAUCAGGCCGGACAGCUCAUGCCACACGCUCUUCCUCAGUUCUGCCCACAGCUCGGUGUGUCAAACCCGGUUCAGGCUGUUGGCGAGCUGGACAACAGCCUGUCCAAUGUGGAGAACCCUGUCAGAGUUGCUUUCGUUCUCAUGGUCCAUGGCCGUGCCGUACGGCAGCUCAAGCGUCUCAUCAAAGCCAUAUAUCACCGUGACCAUUACUACUACAUCCACGUGGACAAGCGGUCUGGCUACUUGCAUCGGGAGGUCCUGAAGAUAGCCCAACAGUAUCCAAACAUCCGAGCCACACCGUGGCGGAUGGUCACCAUUUGGGGAGGUGCCAGCUUACUGAAGGCCUACCUGCGCAGCAUGCAGGACCUGCUCUCCAUGCUGGACUGGAAGUGGGACUUUUUCAUCAACCUCAGCGCCACAGAUUUUCCCACCAGGACCAAUGAUGAACUAGUGGCGUUCCUGUCACAGCAAAGAGAUAAGAACUUCCUAAAGUCCCACGGGAGAGAAAACGCCCGGUUUAUUAAGAAGCAGGGCCUUGACCGUCUGUUCCACGAGUGUGACAACCACAUGUGGCGUCUCGGCGAACGCAGCAUUCCAGAAGGCCUGGAGGUCUCAGGUGGCUCAGAUUGGUUUGCGCUCACCCGCCGCUUCGUAGAGUACGUCAUCAACUCCCAGGAUGACCUGGUGUCGGGGCUGAAGCAGUUCUAUUCCUACGCUCUGCUCCCUGCUGAGUCCUUCUUCCACACCGUGCUCGGGAACAGCCACAUGUGCGACUCUCUGGUGGACAACAACCUGCGCGUCACCAACUGGAAUCGUAAGCUAGGCUGUAAAUGCCAGUACAAGCACAUCGUGGACUGGUGUGGCUGCUCUCCCAAUGAUUUCAAACCACAAGACCUCAUUCGGAUCCAGCAAUUGACCCGUCCAACAUUCUUUGCCCGCAAGUUUGAGUCAACAGUGAACCAGGAGUCUAUAGACAUCCUGGACACUCACCUGUAUGGCCAGUACGCUCCGGGCACUGUUGCCAUCAAGGCGUAUUGGGAGAGCCUGUUUGAGCAGUUGGAUGGAGUGAGCGCGCUCAGUGACGUGGCUCUCACUGCUUACACUGCUUUCUUUCGCCUUGGCCUCAAGAAUCUGGUGACUGUUCAGAGCAAUGCAGAGGCUUGCAAGUUUGAACCAGUAGGCUACCCUCUAUCAGUACACCUGUACUUCUAUGACGACCGUUUCCAAGGGUACCUGGUGCAACAGGAAGUCCAGGCUGUGGGUUCGAAGACUAGGGAGACUCUGGAGAUGUGGGCAGUGCCCCAAACCUCGCUUGUCCUCGAGACAAACCUUAAGGAGUUUGAAAGGCUCAAGAAUCUGGAAAUCGGCACAGAGUGGGACCCUAAAGAAAGAAUCUUCCGUAACUUCGGCGGGGUAAUUGGUCCUUUGAGUGAACCACUGGCAGUCCAGAAAUGGGCUCGCGGCCCCAACCUCACAGCCACCAUUGUGUGGAUUGACCCAGCUCUGGUUGUGGCAGCGUCUUAUGACAUCACUGUGGACGUGGAUGCAGAGUACACCCAGUACAAACCACCACUGCAGCGCCCCCUGCGGCCAGGCACCUGGACGGUACGAGUGUUGAAACAGUGGGAGCGCGUGGCGGAGGCUCGCUUCCUCGUCAUGCCCUUAACCUUCAAAGAUAAGGAGCCAAUACGCAAAGAAGAGGACAGCUGGCUCCAUGCGGGUCCUCCAAGUAACCUGUACCUGGAGCAGAGCUUCCAGCAGCUGAGCUCCAUGCUGAAGCUGCCUCCCCAGGAGUCCGCCCUGCAGGAGGCGCAGCGUAAGGCCCAGCUGGUGGGUCCUCCUCUUGAAGCGUGGGUGGACAGCAGCAUAGGGACUUUCUGGGUUACAGGCGACCUAUGCGCCACAGAGACUUCUUCUUGCCCUGCUGUGGGACCUUGCUCCAAGACCUCCUGGAGCUCUCUGUCCCCAGACCCUAAGUCUGAACUGGGCCCAGUCAAAAGUGACGGGCGGAUCAGGUAGCCCCAGGAGAGGAGAGACUAUGGACUUCAACACAUAUGCAGGAAGACUGAGGAAGAGCUCGACCGGCACUGGGUGCCUCAAGAGAGCCUGUGUGAAGCAUAAGCUGUCGACUCAGAGCUCAAGGGCACAUAAACAAUGAGGCAUCUUCCUGCACUGAGGAGUUGAGACGCUCUCAGUAAAGUGGUAACUCAGACUUAAAAGAGGAGGAUGUGACUGCUGGAAUUUUGCACAUAGAAGUUUGCAAGCGCAAAGAGUUGUCAUUGUCAUUGUUUUCUGAAUUGUUACACAGAUGGCAGAUUUAUUUUGUUAAUUUUUGUGGCACAUAGGGUUUGGGCCAGGUCUGUCUGGGUCGGAGUUGAAGAGAAUCCUUGGCGCAUGUUUUGAACUCUGAACGCACAGCUUUCAGUUUUUCCUCUGCUUUCAACGAAUCAGGAAGCAGUUGUGCUCCUCGCUGUGUUUUAUCUUCAUUUCAAGGGAGAGGGGAACCUCUGAAUCAUGUUAUUGUGCUUAUUUUGAAGCAUUAUUAUUAUUAUUAAGUAAGUAAGCAUACGGAGCAGACAGAUGAAGUGCACUUUACUGUAAGACUAUAAUGUUACACAGAGGUCACUUGGUUACAGUGUGAGAAGUGAAAACGUCAUGUUGGAUCAGGUAACAUCACUUUGUUUCACAGGUACGUACCUGCAUUGUCACUCCCCUGCACAGACAUAUCACUAAAUAUUUGGAUUUAAAACCUCUAUUAGGAACAAAUAAGGAAUGAGAGUGAGGAGGUUUUUUUAGAUUUAUUUUAAUUGUAGUUCUGUUUUCUGUACAUGAAUAUGUUUAUGACUUUUUUUAUUGUAAGUUCCCUGAACUGGCUAUUACGUUUUGGGGUUUUUUGUUGUCUUUGAUGUCCUUUGGUCCGAAAAACACCACUUGGAGUUGUUUUUUGGGCAAAGGAAGUGCCUAGAGAGCUGCUGCAGAUAGCGAGGUGACAUUCAGAAUUUGUCUAAAAUGGAUGACAAAAUGGUACCAGCUCAAUAUAUCUAGCUACAGUUGCCUAGUUAGUCAGACCUUGACUAAUGAGUCUUAAUUUUCAAUAGUCUCAAAUGUGAAAUCCUUUUUUUGGUUCCAGAAUUCUUUGAAUAAAAGCCAACAAGUCACGGUGAAGAAAAUAUGGAUAAAACUUUACAAGAAUGGUUUUGUGAAAUAUGUUUAUUUGCUUUCUGCCGUCAGGAAAAAUCAGAUAGUCGAUGCUACUCUGGUGUUUGUGAGGCAAAUGUGAAGCUACAGUCAGCAGCUAGCUGUCCUAGCUUUUUUAAAAGACUGGAAACGGAAACCUAAAGCUAACCUGGCUUCCAAAUGUGACAAAAUCAAAAUUCAACCUUGUUUGACUGGAAACACUAAAUUCUGGAGAUACCUAUAACUAUCUAAAAUGUUGAUUUGUUGUUUAUGCACAUUUUGUAUGGGUUAAACAAGUGACAUAUAACAUCUUAAUUAGUGAACUCUAGAUAUGCUGCUCUGAACAUAGCAGUGCCAGCUCUUUCCUGUCAUUUUGAAGCGAACCAGCUGCUUUAGGAUGCAUCAUCAUUACCAAACAAACAUAAGAGUGGUAUCAUUCUUCUCAUCUAACCCUGGACUAGACAGAGAAUAAAUGUGUUUUUCCAAAAUGGCAAGACUUUUAACUUGCAAACAUGGUUAGAGACUAUACAUCAUACCUCCUGUGUUUUUGUCAACAUGCAGUACUGUCACUGUGUGUGCUCUGUUUGCCUCACAUGUUGUUUAUUGUUCACAUUUCAUUUCUUAAGGUGCAUUUCAACUUUGGUUCACAACCAAAAAUGGUAAACAGACCACUGUACGCUUGUGUUUUUAUUUCAGCAAGAGUAUCUAAGCUGCCUUUACAUAGUCGAAAAGAUGAAUUGUUUACUAAAAGAUGCUAGCUGCCUGGUUGUCAGAUGUGCAAUUAAUGCCUUUUCAGAGGAUAGUGAAAAUCCCCCCAAUCUGUCUUAGUUUGCAUUUUAUGCAACCUUUUAUGUUCUUAAACAAUAGCUGGCCACCAUAUGAGUUUUCAAGUGACCUUGUUUACCUUGCACAGCACAGUUGCUUCAGUGAAGCCCCAGUUUUAUUGAUGUAGGAGAGCAGAAUCGUCGAUGUACCAGAUGUUAUUUUUCUAUACAGUUCGAGAGGAAGUGUGUGUGUUGUCCGUUCAUCUCCAUUGCUCUGUUAAACUAUUAAAAACUGCUGUCUGAUUA